UCCCCCUGCUGGAGGAGUCGCGUGACGCCUGCAGAUUAUCUAAGAGCUCGCGCACAGGGACAUAUACAGUCCGCCAUGAGUGCUGCGAUGAAUUUUAAAAAAUGCGGCUCUGUGCUGAUUACUGGAGCCAGCCGGGGCCUCGGGCUGCAGUUAGUGGACAGUCUGGCAAGUGGACAGUUUUCACCUGGAAAGAUAAUAGCCACGUGCAGAAACCCUGGUAACGCACAGGAACUUCAAGAACUGGCGGAGAAGCAUCCCAACAUCCACAUAAUCACUUUGGACGUAGUGAACCAGGAGAGCAUAGAGAAGUCUGUAGAAGAGGUGAGCAAGCUGGUGCAAGAAGAAGGUCUGAACUGCCUGAUCAACAAUGCGGGCAUCAAAGUGGUGGCCGACUUUCAUUCUGUUACCGCCGAGAUGAUGAUAGAAAACUUCCACACCAACACUGUGGCUCCUCUAAUGAUCACUAAGGCUUAUCUGCCUCUUCUAAAAAAAGCUGCAUCCAGAGGAGGGGCAGGAGGCUCAGCUACAAUGGGAAUCCAGAGGGCAGCGGUUAUUAACAUGACCUCACUGCUGGGCUCUGUGGAGCUCACUUGGGGUGAGAGGGCCAACAACUUCAAAUGGUACCCCUACAGGACAUCCAAGAGUGCACUAAACAUGGUUAGUCGCUGCAUGGCUGUAGACCUAGAGCCAGAUGGGAUUCUCUGUAUGGCUAUACACCCUGGCUGGGUACGCACUGACAUGGGGGGGUCAGAGGCUCCAUUGAGUCCCGAGGAUAGUAUUUCUUUCAUGUUGUCUGUGAUUGGAGGGCUAACUGAAAAGGACCAUGGCUCAUUUCUGAACUUUACAGGAGAGCAGAUACCUUGGUGAACUUGAUGUCCAUCAGUUAUGAGAAGGACUGAGAAUUCUUAACUCAUCCUAAUGGUUAUUACUUUUACUCUAACUAUGCAAGAAUGAAUGUAUCUACGGCUUUGAUUGUGCUGCAUGCCACUUUAUAGGAGCGUAUCUACUAGAGCUUUUUCCAAACCAUUUUGCUCUGUCCCCUUCAAAAAGUGCACUGAGCCCUGCGGUCAGGGAAGCGCAUGUUGUGUUAGUAAGAGAAAAUCACAGACUAGAUUUUACAAAUGUUAGCACAAACUCCAUAAACUUUUCAUCGCUCAGGGUGGGCCUGCUGUGUAUUUUGGGGGGCUUAUAUAGGCUUUUGGAUUGUCUUGCUGUGAAAUAACACCAGCCGUGGUGCAAAUCGGUUCUCAGUCCACCAGUGUCUUCACAAUGAUUACAUGUACAACAGAUAACCAAUAAAAUAUCCUACAUAGGGACUAUGUCUGUGAAGGUUCUCAGUCAUCCAGGUCAUCUUUGCAAGCUUUCUUUGCAAGCUCCUUUGACUACAUAGGGACUAGGUUAUGAUGUUUAACAGCCGUAUGAUAAUAUUUCGUAUUAGGAUAGAGAAUUUAAUUUGCUCAUAGUCAUCUUGGUUUCUUGGAGAAUAGGUCAAGCUAGUGCACCUUUCCGGUUUGUAUUGCUUCAAAAGAAGUAGGGUUUGUUAAUUUAUUUUCCCCGUAUUUUGUUUGCUCCAGUGGGAGACUGUAAAAAGACGGAAGUCUUUUUACACAUAUUUGCUUUAAAAAUUUGUUUCAAUUUUCAGUUCUAAUAAAUAAUUUACUAAAACAAAA